CGUCCUUACUCGUCAAACUAAUCAUGAGCGGGUCCGGAAAAGGAUUACUUGGUCUAUGGCUGUAUAGAAACGGUUCCGAUUGGCAGGUUAAGAAUGAGGGACACCAUCCCAAGCUUGGUGAACUUCAUCCACCACAGAAUUUGGAGGGUGAAAGAAUCUCAGUCAUAUUUACAAUCAACAAUCAAGUUGGCGGUCUUGUAAGAGUACUGACGGUUUUCCAAGACCUGGGGAUUAAUGUACUUCAUAUUGAGUCGAGAAAGUCCGCUACGGAAGUUACUGCGUCCGAUAUAUUAGUUGACGUAGAAUGCGAUCCAAGAAUAAUGGAACAACUGAAGCGUAUGUUGAAGAGAGAGGUCCAAGAUUUUGAAUUGGUGUCGUCGAACACUGGCGAGGAGUUUCCCCCUCCAACGCCGCUUUCAGCCGCUGCAUCAUUUGAUUUUGGUGAAAUGCCUUGGUUUCCCCGAAAGAUUGCGGACUUAGAUCGGGCUCAGAACGUGUUGAUGUAUGGCUCCGAGCUGGAUGCUGAUCACCCUGGCUUCAAGGAUCCUGUUUACCGGAAGAGAAGAGAACAAUUUGCAGCAAUUGCAAAUAAUUAUAAAUACGGACACCCGAUUCCUCGCGUCCAAUACACGGAUGUGGAGAUAAAAACUUGGGGCGUUAUAUUCCGUGAACUACACAAGCUAUACCAAAAACAUGCCUGUGAAGAAUAUUUGGAGAACUGGCCGCUUCUUGUCAAGUAUUGUGGAUACAGGGAGGAUAAUAUACCUCAGCUUGAAGAUUUGAGCACGUUUCUGAAGCGCAAAACCGGAUUCACACUCCGGCCGGUUGCCGGAUAUCUUUCAGCGAGAGAUUUUCUUUCCGGUUUGGCAUUUCGCGUGUUUCACUGCACACAGUACAUUAGACACUCGUCUGAUCCAUUUUAUACACCUGAGCCAGAUUGCUGCCAUGAGCUUCUUGGGCACAUGCCACUACUUGCAAACCCAAGUUUCGCCCAGUUUUCACAAGAACUCGGACUGGCUUCACUCGGUGCUUCCGAUGAAGACAUCGAUAAAUUGGCAACGCUAUAUUUCUUCACGGUUGAGUUUGGUCUGUGUCGUCAAGUUGAUGGGACAUUCCGGGUGUAUGGGGCCGGUCUUUUGUCAUCAGUGGCUGAGCUGCAGCACGCGAUAUCUACUCCUGAAAAGAUUAUGAGAUUCGAUCCAGACGUCACCGUGAAUCAGGAAUGCAUUAUCACGGCUUACCAAAACGCAUAUUAUUACACGGAUUCGUUUGAGGAAGCUAAAGAGAAGAUGAGGGCUUUUGCUGAAAGUAUCCAGCGUCCAUUUGGGGUCCGUUACAAUCCAUACACUCAAAGUGUUGAAGUCUUGAGCAAUGCGCAGAAGAUAACUGCCUUAGUUCGUGAGCUUCGAGGUGAUAUUUGCAUAGUUUCUUCUGCUAUAAAGAAGAUCUCAGCUCAAGAUUCCACUCUCAACGUUGAGUCGAUUGCUAACAUGCUCCAUGCUGGGUUGCAAGUUAAUGAUAGAAGCCCUCAAAGUGCAUCAGGUGGAAGUUCACCUAACUCUGAACGCGGCCAGUCUCCAAGGUCCGAUGCUUCCAAAUAAAUUUUAUCUAAAUAUUUUAUAACCUGUUAAAAAGUUAUUACAUACUCAAACAAUUUUUCCUUCGUUUAUAUAUUUAGUGAAUUUAAAUUUCAUUGAUAUUUAGUACAUA